AUGGAUUGUUUGAAAGGUUAUAAAGAUUUGGAUAAAAUCUUAAAUGUGGUGAACGAGAAAAAGUCGGACAUAAGUGAAUGCAUAACCAGUUAUGAAAAGGCCAAACAAAGUCUACCCCACCCUACCCGUGAUGAACAGGACAACAUUUACAAAAUCACUGAAGAUGACAAGAAAGGCGCUGAAGGAAUGGCUAUAUUAUACUGCGACAAAUGUUCAGACCCGGACACCGAGAAAAUGAUCACAGCAUUCAAGACAUGUACGGAAAAGUGCAAGAUUUUCGGAAAGUUUGUGGAGAUCUCUAACAAACUUAAGGACAAUAAGAAUGAAUGCAUCAAAAGUGUGUUGACAACUAUGAAAGGCAUGUCUGAGCCCUCGGCUGACGAGGAAAAACUGUUUAACGACUGCUUUAAGGAUUUGAAGGCUCACCCCGAGCUCUUCAAGAAAUGUAAAUUCACAUAAAUUAUAUUAAUUGAUCAUGCACAAUUGUAUUCCUAAACUCAGGCAAAGAAUAAAAAUUGUUUUAGUUGUUAUUAUGGUGUUAUAAAAUUAAAAUGUUCAAAAAUAAAUAAAAUAUUUAAAAAAAUA